AACUAAACAAGCGAACUAACAAGAAAAUAGAGGACAGCACUGGUGAAGAUUUUCUCCUAAUCAUCUGGACAUCAAGAAAGAGUCUGCCAAUUGCAAUGGAUAAUAAGAUCAUUAUUGGACACAUCCUCAGCCUCGUUAUCCAGUUGUUGUUGUCUGGUGUCUGGGUCGGGGCUUACAGGAGCUAUGGCUGCAUGGAAGGUAAAUGUGCCAUGGAGGAUUGCCGAAGCUCAAGCGGAUCUGGAAGAUCUAAUUACUGUUGGAUAGCAGCCGACUCAGCAGGAAAUUACAUGCGAUGUGGUCGGAAGGAGGAUUGUCGAGAGGCAGCUAGAUCUUGGGGUAAUUGCAAAGCUUUCUCUUGUUUUGCUAAUCGCGCUCCCAGCCCCACGAGAAGCUAUGGUAAAACGUGUGAGUCAAUCAGAUCUCGAAAACUUGCUGAACUGAAGAGAGAGUGCAAUAGUCAAGGUUAUAGUUUUGAAUCUUGGGCGAGAAGGUACAACACGGUUCGGAAAUUAAAAUCAAAGUUCGAGCCUUGCGUUGGCGACAUCAUAGAAGAGGAGGCCAAAAAGGUCAUCAAGUACUGUCACUGCUAUAACAAAUGUGGAAACGAUCAGACAGAGAAGGAAACCUGCACAGUCCAGGGAUUGGAUAGGAGGUUGGAUCUUGAAAUGGAUGUGAAUGACCCUUUCAAAGCAGUAUGCGCCAUCGAUUGCGAUCCGGAAGAAAAGCUGGAGUUCUUGCAGAAAGUGAUAAAUGAGCACUCAACUCAAACUGCUACCAAGAAGGUGAUCAUCACCAAAGGAAUGUCAUCUUCCAAGACUUCAUCCACCGGUGGAAGCAGCAGCACAACCGUGUCAGGCGAGAUCGGGUUCCAAGUAAUGAACGUCUUCUCAGCUAAGUUUGGCGUAUCACAUACAACAGGUCACAACUGGAAUACGGGUUCCACAAGGACAGAAUUUCAGCAAGUGACCAGUGAAAUAUCCAUACCCGUUGAGCCAGGUGAUGAAGUCUCAGUUUACCAGGUUGUUGGCGAAUGUAAAAACAGUGAUGGCACUGUGUUCACCAUGAAGACUCCCACUUAUAGGAUAAAGGGAAAAGACGGUUCUACAGAAACCAGAAGGGAUCAUUCCUCUGAAGAACAGCAACAUUUGUUAAACAGCCACAAACAUUCAUUGAAGACUCUCUGGGGAAAAGACAGGUCUACCGAAACCAGUAGGGGUCAUUCCUCCAAAGAACACUAACAUUUGGUACACAGUAAAAAUAUUGAUAAUUUUCCAGCCAUUGUACUUGCAAUGGGGCAAUAAAACGAAAAGUCGCAUUGAAAUAUACCAUUUGCAAUGACUUUACAUUAAAAAAAAAAGGAGAUAGCACACAGUGUAUUAUUUUAACAGCUUGUCCUCAAGACUUUUUUUUUGGUGAAACUUUUCAACGAUCAUCAUCCGUUUAGGCAGGGAUAGUCCACAUGUACAAGCCCUCACAUAGCGAU